AUGUCGUCCCCGGCAGAGACCCCCCCGAUGAGCCCGUUCUCCGGGCCCGACUUGUUCCAGAAGCUGGAGAACGAUGCUCGCACGCGGGAGCUGUUCUCCGACCCGAGCUACAGAGAACUGCUGGAGCUGCUCAGGAACAAGCCGUCGGAGCUCGGGUCCAAGCUGCAGGAUCCCAGAGUGAUGACCACGCUGUCCGUGCUGCUGGGACUCAACCUCGCUGAGAUGGAGGAAGAAGAUGAGGCCACCCCACCUCCUCCUCCGCCCGAACCCAAAGAGGAAGACCUUCAAGGAAACAAGAGAAAGGCCUUGACGGAAAAGGAACUUGGGAAUGCUGCGUAUAAGAAUAAGGACUUUGAAGUGGCGCUGAAACACUAUGAGAAAGCAAUCAAACACGACCCGUUCAACAUGAUGUACAUCUCGAAUCAAGCAGCCGUCUACUUUGAGAAGAAGGAUUUUGAGAAGUGCCGAGAGCUGUGUGAGAAGGCCAUCGAUGUCGGCCGGGAGAACCGAGAAGACUACCGACAAAUCGCAAAGGCCCUGGCCCGGAUCGGAAACUCCUACUUCAAGCAGGGAAAAUACAAAGAAGCGGUUCAGUAUUUCAACAAGAGUCUGACGGAGCAUCGGACUCCUGAGGUCUUGAAGAAGUGCAAGCAGGCAGAGAAGAUCGCGAAGGAGCAGGAGAAGGUCGCCUACAUCAACCCAGAUCUGGCCCUGGAGGAGAAGAACAAGGGAAACGAAGCCUUCCUGAAAGGUGACUGUCCCUUAGCCAUGAAACAUUACUCUGAGGCCAUCAAGAGGAACCCGAAUGACGCCAAGCUCUUCAGUAACAGAGCCGCCUGCUUCUCAAAGCUGCUGGAGUUUCCACUGGCCCUCAAGGAUUGUGAAGACUGCAUCAGACUCGAGCCCGCCUUCAUAAAAGGCUACACCCGUAAAGGAGGAGCUUUGGAAGCCAUGAAAGAUUAUUCCAAAGCUAUGGAUGCUUAUCAGAAGGCCAUGGAGCUGGACCCUUCCUCAAAGGAAGCCACCGAAGGCCUGCAGCGCUGCCUGGUCCGUCGGACCUCCAGGGACGACAGCCCCGAGGACGUGAAGCAGAGGGCCAUGUCCGACCCCGAGGUGCAGCAGAUCAUGUCCGACCCGGCCAUGCGCAUGAUCCUCGAGCAAAUCCAGACGGACCCCCAGGCGCUCAGCGAGCACUUGAAGAACCCAGUCAUCGCUCAGAAGAUUCUGAAACUCAUUGAUAUUGGACUGAUAGCCAUUCGUUGAUGAGAUGCUCCAGCUGGUGAAGAAACUCCCAGGGGCUGAAGUGGAGCAACAUGCAAAACCC